GUUUUAGUAUAUUCUAGAUACAAGUUACAGCCUCAAUUUUCGUUUAAAAUAUUGAUUAAAUUGUAGAAAUCAUAAUAUUACUAGUCUCUUGCACGUUAUCUAUAAUAAUGAGAACCCCAGUUGUGACUGUUCUUCGCUGUUCAUGUAAUUUACCUGAAAAUUCACGAAGUGCGUAACGUUCUACGAUAUGGGUUUCGUCGAUGGUCGGCGUUUUUAGACUCGGUCGUGUUUCGCCGCUGUUUUUUUGGUCUUUGUUCCAUAUUAGUGGUUUGAAAAUUCAUUAUCUUUUUUCACAUUUGUUGUCAUUCUAUUUGAAAGACACUUGUUGUGUUAAAUGUUUGUGUCCUUUUUGAAUACACCAAGAUUCAGAAGUUGCCGAGUAUUUGUAUUUUGCUUGUAAACGAGGUUGUUGACCAAAACUUUGAAGGUCAAGGAGUUUUGGCUUAAGCUUUUGCUAAUGAACAAUAAAUAAUAAAUAGAUUGAAUCUAAGUUUCUGUUUGUACUAUUUUUUUGAAGAUGGGUAGUAAAAGUUCGAAAGGGUCAGGUAGGAGAGAGUUUCCAUCAUAUGGGUCUGCGAGUUCUUCAACAUAUAAUCAACAAUAUGGGUAUCCUCCACAAACCCCAUAUCAUCAGCAGAGUUCAUAUAAUUAUACGCCACAGCAUCAACAUGGGCAACCACCACCAUCUUCUAGUUAUGGAUCCCAAGCAUCUUAUAAUUAUGGGUCAGAGAUACCAGUGGCACAACCGCACAGAAAAUUGGAUAGAAAAUACUCGAGGAUUGCUGAUAACUACAGGUCCUUAGAUGAGGUUACUGCUGCUCUUGCAAAUGCUGGCCUGGAGUCUUCUAAUCUAAUUGUUGGUAUUGAUUUCACAAAGAGUAACGAGUGGACAGGUGCUAGGUCAUUCAACCGACGAAGCUUACAUCACAUUGGAAAUGGUCAAAAUCCCUAUGAACAAGCAAUAUCAAUUAUUGGAAAAACUUUAUCUGCUUUCGAUGAGGAUAACUUAAUUCCCUGUUAUGGAUUUGGCGAUGCAUCAACACAUGAUACAGAUGUCUUCAGUUUCUAUCCAGACGAGAGUGCUUGCAAUGGAUUUGAGGAAGUGCUGAUGCAAUACAAAGAAAUUGUCCCUAACCUUCGACUUGCAGGGCCAACAUCUUUUGCUCCAAUUAUUGAGAUGGCCAUUACAACCGUUGAGCAAAGUAGUGGCCAGUACCAUGUUUUGGUGAUAAUUGCUGAUGGGCAGGUAACAAGAAGUGUUGAUACUCAGCGUGGCCAGCUCAGCCCACAAGAACAAAAGACGAUAAAUGCAAUUGUACAAGCAAGUGAGUAUCCUUUGUCAAUAAUUUUGGUGGGGGUCGGAGAUGGGCCUUGGGACAUGAUGAGGGAAUUUGAUGAUAACAUCCCUGCUCGAGCCUUUGAUAAUUUCCAGUUCGUCAAUUUCACAGAAAUCAUGUCAAAGAAUGUCGAUCCUUCUAGAAAAGAGACUGAAUUCGCUCUUGCAGCCUUAAUGGAAAUACCUGCUCAAUAUAAAGCAACUAUUGAGCUUGGCUUAUUAGGUAGACAGAGGGGAAAUGCUCCAGAGAGGGUUCCUCUUCCUCCACCUCUUUAUGGUGUGAAUUCUAGCAGCAACUCGAAAAAUCAGCGUUCAAGCAGCUUUCAGCAGCGCACAAAUAGUUUUCAGCAGCGUUCAAAUAGUUUUCAGCAGCGUGCACAUCCUUAUAGCGGGUAUGAUCCUCCUUAUACUGGAUAUGAUGCACCAGUUGAAACAGCUCCAUCAUCAAGUUCUCAUUAUGACAAUCAGGUUUGCCCCAUUUGUCUUACUAAUGCAAAGAACAUGGCCUUUGGUUGUGGACAUCAGACUUGUUGUGAUUGUGGGGAAGACCUUGAAGUGUGCCCGAUUUGCCGGCGUGCAAUCGAGACUAGAAUAAGGCUCUACUAAUCAGCUUUUCUGCACAUCUCUGAGUCUAUUUCUUCUCUCAUGUGUUUAGUUUGAUAAGGCAACAAUUGUGCUUUAGACGUAGCAAAGCUUUGCUGUUGAAGAGCAACUUUAUCAAAGGACAAAGUUUUCUCCAAACGGAGGAAUUACAUGACAGUUCAGAAGAUCAUCCAUGUGUUUUAAAUCAUGUGAUUCAUUAAAUCAUUUAAACAAGUCACAUGACAAAGUAGAUCAUGUGACCAAAGUACAAGUGGAUUGUCUUUUGAGAUGUGAUGUACUUGGUCCGAAGGACUCUCCUCCAAACAGUUUGAAAAUUAUGUCCAAUUUGAAUGAUGUUAGAUGACCUCUAUCAGAGAUGGAGAAAUUUUGGGAUGUGCAUUGGGCUAAGACAAUCUGAUGUGAAAGUAUUGCAUUAGUCUUAGCGUGAGAUCAAGACAAGUGGGGUUAUCUUGAUGACAAAAGAGAAAUUUUCCGAAGGUCAUUUGAAAAACUGGCCAGCAGAGUCUCUUUUCCAUUGAAUCUUCUGCUUAUUGCUUUAUACAGAAGCUGCUUAAUUAAGAACCAUAACAAAUUAGGAUAUGAUUUGCCUGUUCAGGCCUGUUGAUAGAACGAGUUAGGCACGGUUCAUUUUUUUUAUUUAUUAUUCUUUUUCACCCUUUUUGGUAAGAUGAUUUCUUUUCCGUCUUUGUUUUUAUGUUUUGGUUGUAAGCAUGUAUACUAGCGAGGAAUGUAAAACUAAGAUCCAGUUUGAUAGCAGGAUUCGUUCGUGAUUUGAUUUAAUUUUGAUGUACAUGAAUUUCAGUUCAGGAUUGUAAAGACAAUAUUUGAGUUUAUGGAUAUUGCUACUUGGCAUC